AUGACUAGAAGUAUGGAAAUUAACGUUCCAUCGUCAGCCCCAAUCGAGUUGAUAACCAACUCUAUUAAAAAGUUAACGGAAGACAGGAAGAUUAAAUUAAAACCGGAUUUUCAGGAUCCUCAACUCGAUCUAACCAAUUCUUCAGCAGGAUCGAGUGCAACGCAUAUCUUGGGAUCAACAAGGUCAACGCCAUCGUCAAGUCCGAUGCGUAAGAAUUCUACACCUAGAAGGUCAAAAAAGGUCAACAAUAGGCUUGUAGUUAACUCCAGCCAAGGUGUUUCAACCGCAAGUAUGCCAUCCGGUGCCUUAAACGUACACACCAAUGAUGAGGAAGUAGGAACGUCUCUCAGUCCUGCUCGCUCAGCAUCUCAUAUGAGAGCUCCAAAAAUUGCAUUAAAACGAAAGCGAGAUGAUCU